AUGUCGGUCUUGACGCACGCAGAGUCAGAAUGGUUGGCCCGAAAGCCUCUCAUAGAAGACCUCUACAUGUUUAGGCGACAGACGAUGGACCAGGUGCGUGAUCAUCUCUGCGGGCUCGGCUUUCAUGUCAACACUCGCAUGGUGAAAACCAGGCUGCUCAAGUGGAAUCUACACAAGAAGCUAUCAUUGUCUGAAGUGCGCACGGCAUUGGAGUUGUUGGGUCCCCACCGAGCGUCGUGGCCGUGCGAGAGCCCCGAAUUCCGCAUUCGCCGCAAAGUGGUCGGUCUGGAAGACAUUGUUCGUUCGUGUCGUCGAAGAGGCAUCACCGAUCCAUUCCAGUGGAUUCAAACUACGCCAGUUACAGAUACACCAUCUGCCGAGGUGGAGCUCCUGACUGGCUUGACGCCAGAAGAGUCAGAAUCAGAAGCAGCUGGCCCCAGUCAGAGUUUUUGUCCCAGCGCGUCGGGGAGUCUGGGCCUCCCUCGAGUGAAGGAUGACAGCCGUGAAAGAGGGUUCGCCGGCCAAAGCAAGCCUCAAGCUGGGCGGGUAUCGGAAGGGCUGGCUAUGGAGCGGGUGCGCGAUCCUGAGGUGUACCGUUUGGGGGCGCAGGCCAUCCAACACUUGCGAUCGUUCUGCCUGAGGUACAUUGCUUCAGAUAAUGCAAAGGCUCACAAAGAACCCCCAGUGCACCAGUUCACCAGUCACGCGCGGUUGCAAGAUCUUAUGAGUGAAGGGUUGUUUUAUUUUGAAAGAAACGCCAUGAACCGUGCCUUUACCAGUUUUCGAAAGGGGUUCUUGGUACUUGAAGAGAUCCUCGACGAUGUACACCCUAUGGCAAUCGCGCUGUAUCUCAUGCUUCUGUGCACCUUGGCUGCGAAGAAGGCCAACGUGGUGGCCGGCAAGCUACUGGAACAAGCUGUGGAGUUGGCCAGCACCCGCACAAACGUGCCAACCAGCCUUGUGGAUGCUCUACGUGUUAUCCACCGCUCUGAAGAAUUCCUCUCAAUCCCGCUCUUGUGUCUGAAGGCUGCCGGAGAAUGUAUGGAGACGGCGGGUGAUUCGCAGUGGAAGAAUUUCUACGUGCAAGAAAGGUACUGUGACGCCCUUUAUCACGUUGGCUUCAACGGAGAGGGAUCGCUCAAACGAAUGAAACUUCUCGAAGCGCAAGAAGUAGCCUAUGGCGAAUCAGCUAGGAACGUGUUGGUCACAUCAUUGAAUGUUGCGGAAGGCUUUCUGAUGCAGUGUCAAUGGGACAAUGCAGAAUGCCGUUUCAACCGUGUUCUGCGGCAAGCAGAGGAACUAUCCGGAUUUCAUCGUGCCAAAUUGCGUGUGGUCGCGCUUUCGGGACUGAGCAGGCUUUCAACAGCGCGAGCCCUGCGAUGGUCGGAGCAGCAGUCGGUUCCAGCCGCUCAUAAUAGAGGCAGCGAAUUUGCACGGCGGCAGAUGCGUUUGGCUACAGGCUAUGUCAGAGAGGCCCUUAGUCUCGCCGUGGUGUGGUUCGAAGGCUCCACAAGACGCACAGAGGUCUUGCGCGAGCUGCAGGCAGAAGUGCAAGCGACUUCGUAUCGGCUGGGUUGUCCAGCUGAGUGCGUAUGA